UAAGAAUGAUAGUAUCCGUUCAUGUUUUUAAUUUACGUAAGUAUAUAAAAUAUAUACAAAAUAAAAGGUCAACGAAGCAAAGAAGAAGAAAAAUCAAUUAAAAGAAGAAGAAAAGUGAAUAAAAAGAAAAUUCUAUCGGUAUCAUUUGAUAUCAUGCAAUAAGUAUGAUAUAGAUAUAUGAAUAUAUAUUUCUUUCAUAGAAAACAGAUUUAUUUCACCUUCACUCUGAUAAAAAAGUUUAUCUAUUAAUAUUGUUUCAAACUUUUUCUUUCUAAUAUCUGUUGUAUAACAAAUAAUCAUCUUCUCAAUAUAUGAUGAACAAUAAUCAAUAUAGAUUCUCUCUCUGUUUUAUUCUAUUUAUUAUUAGUAGAAGAUGUGUGUAUACUCUUAGUCUUAUUAUCAAAUUAUCUUCCAUAUAGAAAGGAAAACGCAGAUUGUUUUUUUAUUUUUUGUUUUUUAUAUUCCAUAUUCCACCUUUUGAAGAUAUACGUUGGAAGAGAUGAGAAGAAAAAUAAAAGAAGAGAACAGAAAUCGGAUAUUUUAUAGAUGUAUACUCUCAGGUAUUUUAGUUAUUUGAUCAGUCAAUUAUUAAACACAAAAGGAAGAAAUAGGACUGUUGUUUGGUAUGUAAUUCUUUAUUUAAGAAGAAUUUACAAAUAAACGUACUACUCAGUUGUGCUGUCGGAAACUUAACGAUGGUCAACAAAAAUAUUUAAUUCGUCAUUUCUUUUUCUGUCUCUUUCACUUAUUUAUUCAAGUAUUUUAUUGCUGACAGAAGUACAAUCAAUAGUAAGAACUAACGAUAAAUACAUAUUUGAGUUAUAGAUCAAACGCAAGAAAAAAAGGAAGUUAUUUUUUUUCUCAAAAAAAAAAAAAGAAAUAAAAACCACAACUAAACCAAUGUCACCGUUCUUAUUGUUCGUAAAAAAAUUUGUUGGAUGCCUAGACAAAUUUAUAUAAACAUGUCAAUCAAUCUCUAUCACGUUAUCAUAUGUAAAUAAGAAUUAUUUUAAUGUUUUAUUAAUGAUAAAUGUAUCGAUAUCAAAUAAAAUCAAAUUAUACUAAUUUUAAUUAUUAUCAUAUUAAAAUAUUAUGGCUGCUGUGGAAUAUUUAUAUGUACAUUUUUAUAAAUUAAAUAUUUUAUUUAUUCUACUUCUUCUGAUUUCAACACAAUGUUUAGCUGAAAGAGAAAAUUUAGCCCAUCGAAAUCCAUGUUUUAAUCGAAAUAAACGAUUAGCAAACUUUGUAUCAUUAACACUACGAAUGAUCAGUAGUCAACAGAAACCUGGUCAGAUUAACGAUGCAUGUGGUUAUAAUCAACCUUCUUGUUGUACUAAAGAAAUAAUGAAUUCAUAUUCAGCUAGUAUUAUUAAUGAAUUAAAAAGUUUACCUGAAAAAAGACUUACAGAUUUAACAGGUUUACUGUCAAAUACACGCAAUCAAAUCGAGUUAUGGAGUAUUGAUCAUUUCAAUGUAAUAAAACGUUUAACUGAACAAUCAAUGGAAACUUUGUUUGGCACAUACGAAUAUCGACAUCAUAUUCAUCGUUCAAUUGAACAAUUAUUUAAUUCAUUGAAAUCUGAAAAAUCCGAUGAAGUUCAUAAAUCGGCAACCAGUUUAUUCAAACACAUGAUUAUUUCCACUUAUCGCCGUUUUAUGAUGAAUGGCAAUUAUGUUGAAUAUAAUGGUCGAUUUACUGAUGAAUUUCGUUCAUGUUUAACAACAAAAGGUUUUGAAAUUGAUGUAUUUCCAUCGCAACGUGAAAUAUUAUAUAUAUUAUCAAGUGGUUCAACGAUAUUAAAUAUCCUACGUACAAUGUUAACUUAUAUUGAUUCUGAUAUAUAUCGAUUGAAAAACUAUGAUUUUACAACAUUUAAUGAAAAUCUGAAUGAUUGUACUCAAAAAUACUCACUUUCGGCGUUGUGUCCAGUUUGUUCAUCAAACAACAUAAAUACUUCAGUAUGUUAUCAGGAUUGUCGCCAGUUUAUUCAACAAUGUAUUAGUACUUCAAAUCAAAAUCCAUACAUAUCAUACGCAAUGAAAGCAAAAGAAUAUGCAACAGUUUUAAAAGAAAUGCAAAAUUCCAUUAUAGAAUUAAAGCUAUUAGAACGUCUAUCAAAAUUGCACAUAUACCUCUAUGAUAUGGUGGUUAAUGCAACAAAUAAUGUUCAAACAUAUAAACGAUUACAAAUUGAAUGUCCAAAUGAAAAGUCUCGUGAAUUCACACGCAUUGAGACGCUACCACCAGUUAUGAAUGAACGUCAAGAUCUUGUUUAUAAAUGGAAUACAUCUGUUCAUCGAGUAAUUAAUAAUUUGUAUCACAAUUUAGAAAAUUUAAAUGUUACACUCGAACAAGCUCAAUUAGGUAUUUGUAAAAACAUCAAAUAUGCAACAGAAUCUAGUGAAUGCUCUAGUAUCAACAAUGAUACAAGAUGGACAAGUCAAAUAAAACAACAAAAAUCAAUAACACUAUCUAUAGAAAACGAUAUAAUCGAGUAUACACGAAAUCAAGUGAAGGAAUUGAGUAAAAAAAUGGAAUUAGUUACGGCGAUAGUUAUUUCAUUAAGACCAAAAAAGAUGCCGUCCUUUAUUGACAUUCCUGAUUUUGAAUCUUAUGAUGACAGUUCAAAAAUCAUUGAUAACAUAGCACACGAUACACCAUCAUCAAUAUCUGAGAAUAGCUAUCGUAAUUUUGAAUUAAAUGAACCUAUGAAUGAAUCAUUUAGUAAUCAGAUAUAUCAACGAAUAGAAGAAGAUGUGUCAGAAAAUAAACUCAGAACGCCAACAACAAGUCGUUUCUAUGGGGGAUCCACUGGCACUAAACGAUAUUUUUAUUCAAUUACAUCAACAAAGCCGAGACAAGACAAAAUAGCAAAUAGUAGUCCAGAAUCAAUGGAUUAA